CGGGCACCCUGAAUGCGGGGGGGCAGGAGGGAUAUGCGCAGCUUGUCUCAGCUUCUUGCUUCCAAAAUGAAGGCUAAGCUGUGGGCUGGGAGGGGGGUCCGCGGUGAGGAGCCCCCGCCGCUCCCUGCUCCCUGUGCCAGGGCUCCGGCACCCGCCCAGCGCAGCGGUGCUGCUGAUGGGCAGCUCCCGGGCUCCAUGCCGUGCUCCGUCCCUUCGCCCGUCCUUCGGGGCCUUAUGGCCGCGGUGGGAUCCCCUGAGCCCCCCAGCUUCGGGCCGAGCAGCCGCAAGAAGACUUGAAAUGCUUUUGCUGCCUUCUCUUCAGAGGUCAAGCCCGCAGAAGACAGAAGUGGUCUGUGGAUCCACGAAACAGCGCCUGGAGUAAAGAUGAAUCUAAAUUUGGACAGAAGAUGCUGGAAAAGAUGGGCUGGUCCAAAGGAAAGGGUCUUGGAGCUCAGGAGCAAGGAAAUACAGAACAUAUCAAGGUUCAAGUGAAAAACAACAUGCUGGGGUUAGGAGCAUCCAUCAAGUACGAGGACAACUGGAUUGCUCAUCAGGAUGACUUCAACCAGCUCCUGGCUGAACUGAAUGAUUGCCAUGGACAGGGUGAAACAGAGUCCUCAGUGACUAAUCAGAAGAAGACAUUUAAUCUUGAGGAAAAAUCAAAAUCCUCUAAGAAGCGUGUCCAUUAUAUGAAGUUUGCAAAAGGUAAGGAUCUCUCAUUGCGCAGUGAGGAUGAUCUGUCCUGCAUAUUUGGGAAGCGGCAGAAGAGUAUGAAGACACAGGACGAGGCUACUGAUGUUGAGUCUCAGGAAGAGAAGCAGGGAGACCCCUGGCUCCAUGAGUCUACAGACAGCGUCAAUACUGUGAAGAGUGUUCUCACUGUCCAGGAAUACUUUGCCAAGCGCAUGGCAAAACUGAAAGGAUCCCAGAAUGAAACAGAAACAAAGCUAGAUGGUUGCUGCCCCAAAGCAGAAGCAGCCUUGGAGCUUUCAGAAGAACUGAAAGCUAAAGCCAAGAAGAAAAAGAAAAAGCAGAAGAGAGAUGAGACAGAGAGUACAGAGCAUUGUGAGGAACCACAAGUAAAAACCUCUAAGACAAGUGGCUUAAAUGGGAAAGAACUGGAUGCUCCUUUAAAUGAAUGUCACUCGAGGAAAAAGAAAAGGAAACAUAAAGAGCAGCGUGAUGGGGAAAGCAUUAGUUGUGAUGAAAAUACGGGCAAUGGAGAAAUUUAUAUGGGAGUAUCUGAUGGGGAAGAUCUCAGCAUAGAGGACUCUGAGGCAAAGCAAAAGAAACGCCAUAAGAAGAAGCACAAAAAGCAAAAAGAGGAGACAGAGGAGUGUACUGAAGGGACACAGAGAAAGAAAAAGAAGCACUGCAAGUAGGUUUAACUGUUUGUGAGUCAAGCUGAGGCUGUGAGGUGAUUUGAACAAGCAAGACUUGAUAAAAAAGAAAACAACUGUUACACUUUUCCAUUUUGGCAAACCUAAGGCUCACCUUCAAGGUUGUGCAGGAGCUAUGUUUUUACACAAGGAGAACCUGUACCUCCUUCAGCCCAGGUUCACGCUGGUGUGACUCCAUUUCAGACAACGGUAAGCAAAGUCAGGGCUGGUUUUAACCACUGCACUUAGGACAGUGCAGCAACCUGCAGCUUCACACUGACUGCUUCUUCUCAAUCCAAGAAGAAAAAACCCAAUCUACUACUGCCUUUAUUAGUAAAGUCACCAUUGUUUUCACUUCUCAUAGCUCAGCACCUGGGAACAGAAGGGGUUUUGCAAAGCUGUAUGGUUUUUUUUCAUUGAUUUUUGCAAAGUUAUGUGUAAUUUUUUCAUUGAUCUCCGUUUACAUGCAAAAUGAAUGUUGUUUCUUCCCCAAAUACUUGAGUCUAAUUAAAGGAGAAUGCUUAAGUGUCAGUGCUAAAGAAUGAAAUAAAAUAACUCCCUUUGUUCCCUACCCAGUAGUUAACUAUUGUCAAGUAAUACUAACUUUGAAGCAGAGCUACAGGAGCUGUGCCUUUAUGAUCCAUACCUAAAUCUUUGGUUCCCAGGCAACAUUCAUGGUACUCACAGUGAUGCACCUAGCAUUCAAAGAUGUCUUGGAUGAGCAAAGUUUUGUAUGAAAUUAGGAGAACAAGCAGAUUUUAUCUGCAGAAGUAUUGCGUUUACGCAUUGAAACCUUGCAGUUUACAUUUGUAACCAAAUCAGAGCCUGUUCCUCAUUGUAAACCUGGAAAGCAGUCAUGAGGAGCUGAAAGUGGUUUGGAAAACAUUGACAAGAUGCAGAUGUAAUACAAAAGAGUUUCCUUCAGCUGCUUUUAUUGUCCAGCGGGAGAAAUGCAGCCCACAACACACGGCCCACAUGGCUUCAGUUGUUUUGGUUGCAGCUGAACUGGACUUCUCACUUUGGAAGCUGUGUUGGUUUGCAAGUGGACCUUUCUUGCCCCAAGGACAUGCUCAUGCAUUGCAGCAAGAUGACUGUAGUUGUGCAGUGCUGUCGGGGAGAGCAGGCUGCCUUUCUCUGUGCUCCCUGCUGGGGUGCUGGAAGAUUUUAACCCUUAUGGCAUUUGCUUUAUCAGUGCUAUGCAAAUAUUAGCCAGCAUGAUGCUGCCGUGGCUGGGCUUGUCCCCUGCCUUCCUUCAACAACACAUCCCGUAAAUACCAUGAGAUUGCUGCAGCUGGGACGUGAAAAAAACUUAUCUUCUCAAUGAGAGAAGCACCAAAAUAAUGUUUCACAUUAUAUUGAAGCAUCUCUGUGUUAAAGCAACUCUUCUAGUUUCUUGUUCACUACAAGUUGGAGUUCUUGUCAGUAGAAGCCUUGUAAUGUUUCCCAUAAUGCUGUUUUUAACUCCUAAGGAGCUGAACCUGAUGAUCUCUUUGGGAUUUUAAGUUUAAAAGAUGCUAGUAAAUGAAUAGGGUUUCCUUGUCCCAGUGCUGCUGGGUUUGUUUGCUUGUUCUAGUAAUCUUCCACGAGUUUCUUCGUGCUAAUUCCUACGGAAAGCAUUUGGCCGGAUUCCAGUGUUACUUACAGAAAGAAACAAAAAAAGGAAUAAAUCUUUAAAUUCAUGGCGCUACUACUAUGAGGCACAGCCUGCCUAAGAUUUGAACCUGGCUCUGAUUGAAAUACGGGCAACAAACGGAAGAUUCUCUGCUUGUACAGCAAGUGGGAAUUUCACUUUUUCUUGGGCAGUGGGGGAUUUUAUUUUAACGUGCCUCGGGCAGAACAUGGGCAGUGGGAAAAAAGUCCUUCCCGAUGUGCUCAAAUCUGAGAGAGGUGACUCAGGUUGCUGCACUUCUCUUUGUGUGUUAGUGAUCAGCCAACUCUGUGUUACACAACCGAAAGCUCUUCUUACCAGAUGAUGCCUUGUGAAGUGGAUGACCAACGCCACAACUUGUAAAGCAAUAAAUUGUUGUUUUCGUUUAUAGUGGGCUGCGAGUCCAGUUUUAACCAAGCAGUUUGGCAAGAAAGUCUUUUCAGAGUGCCUAAGAAAAAGAAUUACAUCAUUACUCGGGUAGUGUAAUUAGCCGAGUGUGAGCACAAAUAAAUGAUUUGGGUUUAUUCCCGCGAAAACA